AUGCCACCCCGGCUGGUUCCCGACUCCAUGGGCUGCCAAGUGGAGGUGGCAGAAAGGCUCUCCGUGUCUUGCUCCAACGACACCUCAACCAACCACUCUAACGCGCGCGAAUUGCUAGAAACAUCAACAAAUACCAUCAUAGGCAGUCAACGAACCUCAGUGUACUCCGUACGCCGUAACUCCACCGGCGGCUCGGCCUUGCGCUAUGACCGUGGUCGAAUCCACAACGGCCUGCUUGCCAAAGAAGCCCAGCUCAUAUUAACCUCCGAUCUCUCUCGUCCCAUCACAUCGCAAAUCGGGCCAAAGUACUCCGUAUUGCGGACCUCAACCCUCAGAGUCUCAGUUCCAGCCUCCAGCGGCACCAGGAAGCUUUGCUACUGUUCUGAGGGCCAGACCUCUCAAACCUCAGAUAAAGUGCCUGCAGCUCCUAGCGUGCAGGAGAAGGUGCUCGUAUCCGGUGAGCACGGCGUCAUUGAGACUCGACUACAGAGGAAGGAACCCCUCUGGAAACAUGGUCACGGUUUCGACAUCUUCAAGUAUAUCGAGAAUUAG